AUGGUGUUGAGACCCAUCAGGACCAGGCGGCAGUUCGCCACCCUGCUGGAGGAAGAAGAGGAGUCCCUGGUGGUGGUCUUCUUCGGGGCCAAAUGGUGUAACAACUGCGCUAGCAUCAAACCCUACUUCAAGAUGAAAUCCGACCAGAACCGCGACGUCAUCUUCGCCGAGGUGGACGUGGAUGAUUCGGAGGAUUUGGCCAGGGCUGUGGGCAUCACCUGCAUGCCCACCUUCCACUUAUAUAGAUGCCAGGAGAAGGCUGGAGAGUUCUCUGGGACCAAGAGGGAGAAGUUGGACCGCCUGAUAGCGCAGUUGAAAUAA